GUAAUGUGUUAGUUCUACCGACGAUCUUUACCCAGAUUUCAUAACGGUUAGAAAAAAUAAUAUUAAAUGGCUGAGUCUCCUGCAGUGAAGAAGGCACGGACUGAUGCAGGCAAGGUCACUGUCAUUGGGAGUGGCCUCAUUGGAAGGUGCUGGGCUUCAUUGUUUGUACGAGGUGGUUACACUGUCAUCCUUUACGACAUCAGUGAUGAGCAGUUACAGGGAGCGCUAGUGUCCAUUGGAAAACAGCUGGUCCAGCUGGAGGGGGAGGGGCUACUGAGGGCAGGACAAACUGGAGAGGAGCUACUUAAGAGUGUCUCUGUGUCUAGUAAUUUGAGUGAGGCAAUGGAGGGAGCGAUCUAUGUGCAGGAGUGUGUGCCUGAGAAUGUUGAUCUCAAGAAAAAGGUGUUUGAGCAGUUGGAUGCUCUGGCUGAUGACGAGGUCAUCCUUGCCAGCUCCACCUCUUGUAUCAUGCCCUCCCUCUUUACAGCUGACCUCAAACACAAGACUCAGUGCAUCGUCGCCCAUCCUAUCAACCCUCCCCAAUAUAUUCCACUGGUGGAGGUGAUCCCAGCUUCCUGGACCGACCCCGCUAUCGUUACGACAACAGUAGAGAUCUUGAAGGGGAUUGGUCAGGCUCCAGUUGUGGCUAAGAAGGAGAUCAAUGGCUUCAUUGUCAACAGGCUGCAAUAUGCCCUCAUCAUGGAGGCAUGGAGACUGGUAGAGGAUGGUGUGGUGUCCCCUGAAGAUGUGGACACUGCCAUCUCCCAUGGCCUCGGAUUGCGAUACUCUUUCAUGGGACCGUUUGAAACCAUGCACCUCAAUGCCACCGGUAUGCAAGACUACUGUCAGAAAUACGGGGAGAAUAUAGUGAACGUGUGUGAGAGUCAAGGGUCGCCCAGGCCUCUGGCUGGAGACACUCUUGGGCUGGUGAGUGAGGUAAUGGAGAGGAGGAUACCAUUGGAGCUGCUGGGAGCUAGGAGGAGUUGGAGGGAUGAGAGACUUGCGGCAUUGGCUAUACACACACGAGGGAUGCAGGAGAAGGAGAACACUAGCUCUAGUAACAGUGAUGUUUAGGUUUUUACCAUGACUUGUGUUUUUUUGGCUAGCUUAAUAAUUAUAGAUGGAUUAUAAAGAGAGCGACAACUGA